CUUAAGGUCACACUAAACAGAAAACCAAAACAACGUGCUGCGGAAUUAAAUAUUUUCCCAGUUUUUUUCUGAUAAAUAAAGGAUAGUAAAGAUGCCCCAGGGAAAAUUCAAGAAGGCAAAGCUGCCUGCAGCUGUACAGAAACAGAAAAAACAGAAACAGGCUGCUUUUACCCGGCGUUCUAAUGCCCCCAUUCAGGCGAAAAAGGCCAAGUUCAAUGAGACCCAGAAGAUCAAAUCCGUCAUCUCGAAGUCGGUCAACAAAAGCGUGGAGAGCGAACUGCGAUCCCGCGCCCACGAAGGAUACAUUCAGUUGAGCAAGGCGCAGGAGGCGGUGGCCAAGCACCACGCCUCCCAGGCGAAGGCGGCUGCGGCGGCCAGUACCGCCAAGUCCACGGAAUAGCCUAGUUUUAGCCCUUAAUUACUUGUUGAAAACCAAAUGACCUGCAUAUAACACAACCAAAUUAAACAACUCAAACAAA